AUAACAACGCUUCAAAUAAGUGAUUUGUUACGUAUACAAUACAAAAAGAUUGUGUAUAUUUUACGAACAUUAAGCGAUAAUUAGUGAAGAGUGCUUAAAUAUUAUUAUUAGAUAUAAAAUAGUGAUUAUGAAACUUAGUGUUUCAUAUAGUUUAAGUAGUUAUAAAACGGCAUGGUAAAUUUUGCAUAAUGACGCAGUUUUUACCACCAAAUUUGCUUGCAUUAUUCGCCGCGAGGGAUCCUAUACCAUAUCUGCCACCGGCGGCGAAACUUCCCCAUGAGAAAAAGCAAAAAGGUUACGAUGGAGUCGGAGGAUUCCUUGAAAAGUUUGAGCAUCCAUCAGAGACUCCGCCGCCAACUCGCGUGGAGACACGCGAGGAGCGCAUGGAGAGACGUCGACGUGAAAGAGCGGAGCAGACAGCAUACCGGCUGGAGCAGGAGAUUGCGAUGUGGGACCCCGCGGCCAAUCCCGCAUCUACAACAGACCCUUUCAAGACAUUGUUUGUGGCCAGAAUUAAUUAUGACACUUCCGAGUCUAAGCUAAGAAGAGAAUUUGAAGGAUAUGGACCAAUUAAAAGGAUUUGUAUGGUAUACAGCAAAGAGAACGGCAAGCCUCGUGGCUACGCCUUCAUAGAGUACGAGCACGAGAGAGACAUGCACUCCGCCUACAAGCACGCGGACGGUAAGAAGAUCGACGGCAAACGAGUUCUGGUCGACGUAGAGCGCGCGCGCACUGUCAAAGGAUGGCUGCCGAGACGUCUGGGCGGGGGUCUGGGAGUGUUGUAUGAGUGUUGCGCGUGCGCAGGCGGGGGUCUGGGAGUGUUGUAUGAGUGUUGCGCGUGCGCAGGCGGGGGUCUGGGAGUGUUGUAUGAGUGUUGCGCGUGCGCAGGCGGGGGUCUGGGAGUGUUGUAUGAGUGUUGCGCGUGCGCAGGCGGGGGUCUGGGAGUGUUGUAUGAGUGUUGCGCGUGCGCAGGCGGGGGUCUGGGAGUGUUGUAUGAGUGUUGCGCGUGCGCAGGCGGGGGUCUGGGAGUGUUGUAUGAGUGUUGCGCGUGCGCAGGCGGGGGUCUGGGAGUGUUGUGUGAGUGUUGCGCGUGCGCAGGCGGGGGUCUGGGAGUGUUGUAUGAGUGUUGCGCGUGCGCAGGCGGGGGUCUGGGAGUGUUGUGUGAGUGUUGCGCGUGCGCAGGCGGGGGUCUGGGAGUGUUGUAUGAGUGUUGCGCGUGCGCAGGCGGGGGUCUGGGAGUGUUGUAUGAGUGUUGCGCGUGCGCAGGCGGGGGUCUGGGAGUGUUGUAUGAGUGUUGCGCGUGCGCAGGCGGGGGUCUGGGAGUGUUGUAUGAGUGUUGCGCGUGCGCAGGCGGGGGUCUGGGAGUGUUGUAUGAGUGUUGCGCGUGCGCAGGCGGGGGUCUGGGAGUGUUGUAUGAGUGUUGCGCGUGCGCAGGCGGGGGUCUGGGCGGGACGAGACGCGGCGGCGCUGACGUCAACAUCAAGCACUCCGGCCGCGAGGACAACGAGCGAGAGCGCGAGAGAUACCGCCUCGAGCAGAGGGACGGGGAGGAGCGCGCGCACAGGGGAGAGAGACCCGACAGGGAGAGGGACAGAGAACGUGUACGCCGACGUAGCCGGUCGAGGUCGCGGCGACGCUCGGGAUCUCGGCCGCGCAGGCGCGAGCGCGAACGCGACAGGGAACGGGAACGUCCCAGGGAAGAGGAGCCCGAAAAACGUCGUCGUCGUUCUCGAUCUAGAUCUGAGAGACGUCGCGAACGUCGGGAACGUUCUGAGAGAUCUGAGAGAUCGAGGUCGAGGGAAAGAAAACGCGCGCGUCGCAGAGAUCAUAAAGUUAAAGCUGAGGAUGUUAAAGUCAAGGAGGAGCCUGCUGAUGACUACCCUCAGUUCCGUUUACCACCACCUGAUGUACACAUCAAGCAGGAACCUGCAGAAGAAGAGGAUAAAUACAAUCCUGAAGAUGCCAACGGUGAUCACUACGACUACUGACAUAAUUCUCAACACAAAACAUCGCACAUGUGACACAGAACACAAUACUUGUCACAUACUGACCAUAGACUACCAAAAGCUUACCAAACAAGUAAUGAAUAUGUCUGUACGAGAAGAUAUUACCAUAAAGAUAGAUAUUCUCCA